GCCGGCUAGCCGACGGUGAGAGCUCUAUGAAAGCGUUACAGUCGGGAGAAAGUAGGCCUCAUCAGUUCGUCAGAAAAUCUGACGAAAUUGCUUCUUGACGGGAAAUGGCACGUACUCCAUUAGGUUACCAUCUUGUAAAGCAUUUACCCAAAUGUGGAAAUAGGGAUAUCUGGUACAAGGGUUAUAUCCUGAUCCUGACAUUCCUAGCAUACACUACAUAUCAUCUAUCAAGGAAACCUAUUGGAGUUGUUAAGGGUGUCUUGCAUUCUAAUUGCUCCAAGUAUGAUGGCGAUGAUAGUAAUAUACCAUUCUUUCCUGUCUUUGAGAGUAAUACAACUGAUACAUGCUGGUGCUGCUGGUCACCUUUUGAUGGCGGUGAUGCAAACGUUCUGCUUGGUAGCCUGGACUAUGCCUACCUGUUUGCAUAUGCCCUAGGCAUGUUUGCAAGUGGUCACAUCGGUGAACGUAUGGAUCUCCGUUACUUUCUAUCUUUUGGGAUGAUCAUGUCAGGAUUCUGGACAGCGAUGGUCGGCAUGGCAUAUUUCUGGAAGAUCCAUACCUUCUCUUAUUUCAUUAUAAUGCAGAUAGUAGGUGGUCUGUUCCAGGCUACAGGAUGGCCUAGUGUAGUCGCAAUAGUAGCUAACUGGUUUGGAAAAGGAAGGAGAGGAUUGAUAAUGGGUGUAUGGAACACACAUACUAGCCUUGGUAAUAUCUUAGGAUCAUUAGUAGCAGGAAUCUUUGUAGACCGUGCAUGGGGAUGGUCAUUCAUUGUUCCAGGUUUCAUUAUUGCAGGGAUGGGUGUCAUUAUAUUCAUCUUCCUUAUAGUCUAUCCAUCUGAUAUUGACUGUAAACCACCUAAUAGAGUUCCAUCAUCUGAUACUAAUGAGUAUGCUGAAGACAGAGAGACAUUUCUCAAUACACCAAGAGAAGAACAAACAAACCCUGAUGAUAUCAAGGCUAUUACAUUAUGGGGAGCUUUGAAAAUACCAGGUGUGGUUGAGUUCUCAUUAUGUCUAUUCUUCGCCAAACUAGUCAGUUAUACAUUCCUUUAUUGGUUACCUGCAUACAUUCAUUCAACAUCCCAUGUAAGUGAUGAGAGAGCAGCUGACUUAUCAACUCUAUUUGAUGCUGGUGGGAUCCUGGGUGGAAUAUUAGCUGGUUUCCUAUCAGACAUGGCUGAUUGCAGUGCUACAGUAUCUUUUGUCAGUUUAAUUAUAGCUGCACCUUUAGUUUAUUUAUAUAAUGCAUAUGGAUAUAUAAGUUUUACCAUCAGUAUAACACUAAUGAUGAUAACAGGGUUCUUUGUAAAUGGUCCAUAUGCUCUGAUAACUACAGCAGUAUCCGCUGAUCUGGGUACACAUCCAUCUUUAAAAGGCAAUGCAAAAGCAUUGGCAACAGUGUCAGCUAUCAUUGAUGGUACUGGGACGAUAGGGGCAGCUGUAGGCCCCCUUCUCACUGGGGUUUUAAACCCUAAUAAUGAUUCAAAUGGCUGGUAUAGGGUCUUUCUUAUGUUGUCUGCUGCAGAAAUUAUAGGUGCCUUGCUGAUGGUUCGGCAGGUGGUUAAAGAAAUCCGGAAAUGGUGUAGGAAAUCUACUGUGUAUCAGCCGCUGAAUACUGCCCCCAAUGAUAUCGAUGGUCCUUCGAUGCAACUAGAGGAAUCAGGACGGAAGACUCCGCCCCUCUCAUACUCCACAUUUCCCUCUCAAACAGGAAUAGCGCCCUCAAUGCCGAGACCCAGUUAGGCCCUGAUUUUAGUCCCACAGAGGACUUAAAGUGAGAUUCACUUAUCACAUGAUGAUGAUUGACACCAUUGAUCUUACAUUGCACUCUAGAAUACCUGACACGUAUAACCAACAUGGAUGCUGCCAUAUUACUCAUCCCACUCCACCAUGAUUUUAAAACUUACAUUUUUUUAUUUUCAAACCAAUAUUCCAUGAGACUGGUGACCACAAAUUUAUAGGAGUACUUGGAAACAAGGCUAAAUAAAUGUUGCAUGUUAUUAUUAUUGUAGGGGUUGGUAUAGUAGAAUACUAGUCUUAAAAUGAUUCAGUACUCAAACUUUUUAAUUUGAAUCUAUUUUGUUGAUGUACAGAUAGUAAUUGUAUGACAUCAGGUAGUACCUAAAUCAGUGGUAUUAUGGUAAACACUUGUCAUAUCUGGUAUUAUAUUCUACUAUAUAUUUAUGUUUGCUGGAGUAGACUCUUUUAUGAUCAACAAUGGUAAUAUUAAACCAAUAAAGACCGUAGCCUACUGUGUUUUGUCUGUCCAUAAAUAAGCAUAAGGCAUGAGAUAAUAUGCACAUGGAUUAUAACGAGUCAAUUCAUUUCAUAACAAAAUUCAUAGUAUUUUUAAUAAUUUUUUUAAAUAUUAUUUCAUAAAAAAUUAGUAUUUUAUUAAGUCAUUGUUAUGUUAUAUCAAUAUUAUUUUUAUCAUCAAAUGUUUUAUUGGUUUUAUGUUAAAAGCAGAGUGUUAUUUAGUAUGGUGCAAUGAUAACUAAUAAUAUAUAUUGUCAUACUUGGUGAUCUAGCCUAUGAAUGUCAGUCUAUGGCAAUUCGUAGCUAACUAUGACUAGCCACCCUUUUUAACGGUUAAAAAUCGUAAUUUGAAUGAUGAUUCCAAUGAAAAAUAUGGUUUAUGACAAAUUUUUAGCAUGCGUGAAACCAAGCUAAAACAUGAUUAGAAUCAAAAACACUAAUCACAGUCACAAAUUCAAAUUCUACUCCAGGGGUUCAUUCCAGUUCCAUUCCAUUCAAAUCACAGUUGUCGAGUGAGCAUGAGAAAAGUCUGAAAACCAAUUGCAAUCAUCUUUACAAUGAUGAUUCAAGAUUCACAUGUGAAAAGGCACUAAGUAUGUUUCAUUAAUUCUGUUCUUGAAAUAAAAAAAAAUUGAUUUUCCUUA